GCAGGGAAAUACAUGCGAGUAUGGAAAGAGCAGUUGUUCAGAAUGGGAUAGGCAAAUAGAUUUGAUGAGAAGAGAGAUAGGGCUUCCUGCGAUGACAGAGCAACAGUCAGUCAGCAGAUAGGGGAAGUAGCCAGGAGUAGGCAAGCAUUUUCAGUCACAGAUAUACUGACGCAAACAAAAAUACAUUCAGUUAAGUUGAACAUUUUGGUGAGAACCUUCUACGCUUUAUGACUAUGGACAACAAGUCAGAUGUAAAAGCCAUAAUGGCUCUCUUCCAGGCCGGAAGUGCAUCCGUAGAAGGCAAUCCAGGGGUUCGCCCGAAACCUCCAGUUCAGCCCACCUUAUCAUCAGGCUCAUCCGUGCAUGUUAAGAAGCCUGUUCUUGAAUCUACCCUCUCUGGCGGAGCUACAACUACCUCAUCACCUAAACCAAACUUUUUAAAGAGCACAGUUAACACAGCCAAGAGCGCUCCAGACAUGCACAAUGCUCCGAAGCCAAAAACGUUUGUUGGUAAGUUUGAAAACACACAAGAGAAUAACAAAGACAACUUCAAAGUUCCCGUUAAACCUAAACCACCAGACUCAACCCAGGACUCUGAACCGAAGGUUACAUUUCCAAAGGUAGAGCUACAGAAGCCUUCCCCAAUCGGCAUGGCUAAUGAUUCAAAGGGCAUGAGUCCAAAGCCUCUGGCUGCUACCGUAAAGCCACCCUGGGUCAGAGAAACAACAAAAGCUGAAGACAAUAGUAGUAGCCCUAAUCAUGCCGCUCCAAAAAUGCCAUGUGCACCGAAACCAAAAAGCACCGUGGCUAUGAUACGGCAACAGCGCGAGGAGAGCAGCAACACAGAGCCUGCUGAAAAAUCGACUUCAGUAUCUAAUGUGAAACCCUCAAGCUUCCGUGUUAAAAAUAGCUUCAACAAACCUGAGGAAAGUGUCAACGAGGGUGUUAAAGCAUCAAGCGGACAAGAGUCAGUCCCAAAGCCAGUGACUUCACAAAAACCAACCUUUCCAAAAAAAACUGCAGGACCCCCUGCACAGACAGGGAGUAAUGACCCUUCGGCUCCAAAGAAGAAACCUUUACUCAAUAGUUUUGCCCUGGGCAAUGCCCCUGCUAAACCCAACAGACCACCCAAAGUCAAUCUUGAGAAAUUCAAGAAGGGAACAGAGACUGCAACUGAAUCUCCUGCCCCAAAGAAUGUAACUCCCCCUCCCCCACCAGCCUCUCACCCCAGUAACCAAGCGGCUCCGCCAUUGCCCUCUCAACCCAACCCUCCCAGCCUGCCCCCACGACCUUCAGGACCUCUAAUUCAAGAUGAAAAUUAUGAUGAUGUGGAGUGUGUGAGAGGGGGACAGAAAAAUGAUGGAAGUGGAAGUGAUGGUGAGAUAUAUGAGGAUCUAGAUGACACUUGGCCUGCUGCAGAGUCAAGUCAACCUCAGAAGAAGCAAGACAAAGGGCAAGAACUAAAAAAUCAGAAAGAACGCGAAAAGAAAGAAAAAGAAGCUAUUAAAAAGUUUAAACUCACACCCCCUCUGCAGGUUAUUCAUCAGGUCAAAGCUAAAGCAGACUGCAGGGGUGGGAAAAAUGACCUCUCCAUAAAGAAGGGUGAAUCCAUUGAUAUCAUUCGAAUCAAUGACAACCCAGAAGGCAAAUGGCUGGGGAGGGGUCAAGAUGGAUCUUUUGGUUUUGUUAAAACGGAAAUGGUCGAGAUCAACUUUAGCGUGUUGAAGAAUCAAGGCCUGUCUAUUCCCGUAACUGAAGAGGUGUAUGAUGAUGUGGGCUCUCAGGAUGAUCACGGCAACAUGAAUGGUCAACGGGUUGUUUUACCCCCACCACCAGACGACGUGUAUGAUGACAUAACAGACUCCAAUCUUAAUCCAAUCAGUGCAGCGGAUCCCAAGUUUCCCUCAAACCCACGCAACUUCUUGGAUAUGCUCAAAAUCUCAGUUGACCGGAGAAAAAGCCAAAUCCGCAAUAAUGAGUCAUUUUUACAUUCCAUUCCUCCUCCUCCACAGUUUACACCUGAAGGAAAUAAAGACGAUGCUCCAGGUGGUGAAAUAUAUGAUGAUGUUGAUCAUCCCUGCCCAGUCCCUCCACCACCUAUCAGCUUUCCCCAAACAAAGUCAAAGGCGACCAAAGUGCACGAUGAUCCAAAAAAGCAAAAGAAGUUUGAGAAAGAAGAAAAGGAGUUUCGAAAAAAGUUUAAGUAUGAUGGUGACAUUCACGUGCUUCAUCAAGUAACAACUGCGAGCGGUAAGAAGGGAAGUGGGAAAGAUCUGCCCGUGCAGGCUGGGGAGAUUUUGGAUGUCAUCAGCAAAUCUGACCCUGACAAAUUCAUCUGUAGGAACAAGGAAGGCAAAUUUGGCUAUGUCGCAAUUAGCAACAUCCAACAAGAUGAUGAAGUCUAUGAUGACAUUGGAGAUGACUGCAUCUAUGAUAAUGACUGAAGAUCUUCACAGCACUUCAUCUGAACUUCAUCUGUGCAGCUCCCUAUUUCUGGUCCUAUAUUUGUUUUCUUAAUAGCUGAUAUUAUUUGUAUUUAUGGUAUGGAAACAUGUACAUUUGCUGUAUUGGAUUAACCGAACAACCUAGUGCUUUCAUGAUAUCAUGGCUGUUGAAAUGGGUACUUCAAUGUGGAAAUAAUGGCUUCUAAAUUAGGUAGCAAACUGGCCACUUAAUUAAGUUUUCAUAUUCAUGUUUUUCUGUAAUGAUUUCAAGAAAACUAAGCUGCAACUAAUGCAAAUGUACAUCAUUCAUGUAAAAGCAGUAUUGUGUAACCUGUCAUCUUUUUCAUUUUUAUGUAAAUAUUAAAUAGAAAAAAAAGAUUGUAGCGUUUUCCACAUUUUCUAAUACUGUACAUUUAUCAAUUAGUUUUUAACUUGGCCUACUUUAAAUUCAGCCUGAUCAUGAUUCGUUUAAACUCAAAGCAGCUGAAAAUUAGCUUUCCACUCAUUUAUUUAUUGCCUUAGACGCUUAAUAAACCUUAGACUAGAUAACAUUAGCGGAAUAUUAUUACUUUAUUACUUUCAUAACAAUGAAAUAAAUCGCGAUCAUUUGUGAGAUAAUACGUUACACCAGAGAUGACGUCACUGCUGUUUCUUUGGCCACGUUUCAGUCGCUGGAAGGAGAUGACCUGCGAAGUGAACUUGACAGCCUUCUUUAGUGAUAUUCCGUAAAACAGGGACAACGCAAAUGCAAAGUGCCGAACGAUACUAAACAGAAUGCGCGUGCGACGUCAUCUAGUGACGUUUAGCUACAGUUAAGCGAUGUAUUUUUACAGUUACCCCCAACAUACUGUGCAUCUGUGCAAGGAGCAGUGAAAACUACAGAGGGAGCCAAGCGCAGGGUUCGCUAAACAAAAGCAAAAAUCAAACAUGUUACCAACAUUUAGGUCUAAAUGUGCUGUAAAAUCCUAAUUUCGGUCUUUGUUUGAUAACAAUAGACAAAUAGGUCUCAGCUAAGAUCGAAAAGAACAGAUAUAAACACAACCAAACAGAAAAAUUCAAGGAAACAACAGUGCAACAGUUUGGAAACCAGCCUUUAUAUUUGGUGCCUUUGUGGUUCUACAAUGACAAAGAGUAACCUCUUCAUAACUUAGAAAACAGUUGUGGCUUUUACACUGAGCACAGUAGCCAUGCACAAUGCACAGUAAAUAAAGUGAGAUAUCAGUGACAGCUCAUCAGCUUAUAAAAAUACAAUUUUAUGUACAAAAGUUUACCAACUGUUCGCAAAACAUCACGUGUAUUGCAGAAUCUCUCCUCUCCAAAAGAGAAAUAUUGAAAUGAUACACAACAAUUCUAAGUACGAAUCAACUCUUAUAAAAAAUGUUCUUGGUAAUGUGCACUUUUUCAUUUUAACAGAUAUGUACAAUAUGCUUCAGACACUGCUUUAAAGAGCACGUUCAGUGAAUUUCAUAUGCAUCAACUAAUGAUAUAGUUCAGAUAUGCUUACACAAUUUUCCUCAAGUGUGAAGGAUGAGUGGUCAUCCUGUAUUAUUGUAUUGUACUGGUGCAUCCACGACUGUACAUCAGUGUUCCCGGUCAUGUGUGUCCAAAACUGCAUCUCAUAUAUAUUACAUUCUCAAACGAACAAAACAAUGAAAACCUUUCUGAUGGCAAAUGUCUAUUUAUGCAAGCAAAUGUCUGUGCCAUGCUAUAGACUCUAAGCUUGAAGAGUAUAUGAGUACAAGUGUGAAAGAAAGAAAGAAAGAAAGAAAGAAAGAAAGAAAGAAAGAAAGAAAGAAAGAAAGAAAGAAAGAAAGAAAGA